GAAACCUUCCCCUGGGGUGGGGGUGGGGGAGGGGAGCUGGACGUCCCCCCACAGACUCCGAGGAUGCUGGAGGCCGCCCCUGGGGACAGGGCGAAGGAGGGAGAGAUCCCGCCGAGGAAACUCCGCAGAUUGGAGACGGCCGAGGGCUCCCUGGACGACGGCGACGGGCCCCCUCUCCUGCUGCGUGCUCCCCUGCUCGGAGGAGUUCUACCGGCGUCAUCGGGAGACGUCCUACAGGAUGGUGUCGCAGCCCAAAGGCCUGGCCGUGAUCGUCAGCAACGUGCGGUUCGGGGGCGCGCAGGAGCUGGUGGACCGGCAGGGCGGCGAGGUUGACCACUGGGCCCUCGAGAGGCUGCUCAUCUCCCUCGGCUUCGACGUCAGGAGUUUUCACGACCGGACGGCCGAGGUGAUGAGGUCGGAGUUGUUGCAGUUCGCCCGGCUGCCUGAUCACCGAUCCAACCACUCCUGCGUGGUGGCUCUGCUCUCGCACGGCGUGGAGGGGGCAAUCUACGGCACAGACGGGGAGCUCCUGCAGCUCCAGGAUGUGUUCCGGCUCUUCGACAACGACAGCUGCCCCCAGCUGCAGAACAAGCCGAAGAUCUUCUUCAUUCAGGCCUGUCGAGGAGAGGAGACGGACUGUGGCGUGGACAUUCAGGAUGGGAAGGACCGAGCUCUGUCCCCGGGCUGUGAGCAGAGCGAUGCUGGGCGGGAGGAGCCACACAGGAUGAAACUGCCAACCAGAUCCGACAUCAUCUGCGGCUACGCCUGUUUAAAGGGUGAGACUGUCGGCAGUCUGCAGCCCCUCUCCACUAGAGGACACUGUGUCACUGACUGUAUCCCCACUGACAUUAAUCCCUCUCCCUCACACCGUCCCUCAGUGACCCCUCUCCCCCAGGACACUGUGUCACUGACCGUAUCCCCACUGACGUUAAUCCCUCUCCCUCACACCGUCCCUCAGUGACCCCUCUCCCCCAGG